UAUCUGACGGAGAUAUAUACGUUUAUGUGAGGUGUGUGUGCAUUAAAUCCAUGUGACGAAGCGCAAUAUUUUGAACACGCACUUUUGCCUCUCGUUUACAAUACAUUUAAAGGUUGCCUUAACAAGUAUAUAUAUAUAUAUCUAUAUAUGUAUAUAUUUUGAUAAGUAUCUUAGCCUGUUGGUUGGUUAUUUUCUCAAAGCACAUCCAGCCAAACAGUGUGAAUGACUGAUCAUGUUGGCGUGGUUUUCAAAUGAUAUCACAACAUGCUGGCUUCUUAACACCCCACUUUGGGUCUUAUUCCUUCUAUUUGGCAGAUGCUCAGCGUAUGGCAAGCAAAUAGAAAACUGUGCAACAUUACAAGGAGUAUGGUAUAACCAAUUAGGUUCUCAACUAAUAUUAUCGGGUCAUAAACAUGGCACUUUGGAAGGAGAAUACCGGACGAGCGUGGAAGUUGAGAUAGGUGAUGCUGGUCAUUCCCAUUCUAUAGUAGUAGGUACCGCUCCUAAAAGUCCAGGUGCAGCUUUUGGAUUUUCAGUGGUUUGGAGUCAUGGCCGGUCAACUACAAUUUGGACAGGUCAGUGUGUCGUGUGCCUCGGAGGGCACGAGAAACUUUUGACCACCUGGCUCUUACACUCUCAGGCAAGUAGCUGUGAUGAUAAAUGGAAAUCAAACAGAAUAGGCCGUGACAUUUUCACACGUUAUGAACAGAAACCUGGUCCUCGAAAAGAAAAAGAUACACACGUCCCGGAACGACCAUCAAAUUAUUCUUCUUCAAGUGACAAAUCUAUGAAACCAUUAGUGAAACUGUCAAAUUUACCAGAAUCAUGGGAACCACUGCUGCGGGAGAGCACUGACACCCGAUGGAAGAAGUAUGACUCACAUGGAUUCUAUAGGAAUUUCGCCAAACGUAAACCUAACAGGUUGUCCAGUGCUGGCAAAGAACGCCACCCACAACACCGUCCAGCGGCAGCAAUGAAAUCAGCCACACCGCCGUGUAAACUAGAGGGAACAUGGUACAAUGAGCUUGGUUCAGAGGUUAUACUCAAACAAGACAAUGCCGGUAUAAUCAAAGGUGAGUACCGAACUGCUGUGGAACAAAGUCCAGGAGCUGCAGGAAAUACUCACUCUCUCGUCCAUGGCAUCGGUAAUUUCCAUGAACCAAACUCAACAUUUGGAUUCCAUGUAGUGUGGAGAAAUGGUGAAUCAGUAACUGGAUUUGUAGGUCAGUGCCAUUCCACAUGUGCAUUGGAACAAAUGGACACACUGGAGAUGAGAUGGAUUCUGUGGCAGUCCAUUGACAAAUGUCAAGACCACUGGAGAUCUACGUUAUAUGGAGUAAAUACAUUUACAAGAUAUGAACAGGCAGCAGGUCCCCGCAAAGCAGAGAAUGUUCACGUCCCAAACCGUGCAGGGGAGGAUAUUAAACCUAUUGAACCGAUUUCCGCAUCUUGUUGCCAUGGUGCUUCUUUUCUUUCCCUGUUGUUCAUUCUCCUCUUGGUUGCUUUGUGAAACUCUUUCAGCUUUUCUCUCUCUCUCUCUGUCUCUCUAUCCCUCUCUGUCUCUCCCUCUCUCCCUCUCUCUCUAUCCCACUCUUGAAAAAAUUUUUUUUUCUAAUUCCUUCAUUCCUGGCGCUAUGGCUCUGCCAUGCUACACACCACACAACCACCCACACCAAACCACACUCACACACACAUACGCACACACAAACAUUCAUCUUUGAGUUUUAUAUACCCCCUUACAUCUUACUCCCCACCCACCCCCAGCUCUAAUGAAAAGUCUCUGAGUCCCUAAUGGCCCUUCCUUGACCAUCAUCUUCUCCCCUCUAUUUGAAAUCCCAUUUAUUCCUUUCCACUGGCCCACUUCCUCCUCAUGGCCCCCCCCCCAACCAGAGAGAAAAUAAUUAUCCACCCCUUCAUCCCACCCCAAAUAUGCACCUGCCAUCCUCCACCCUUAUCUUCCACCUCCACAACUCCCUGCCCCUUUCAGACACCCCCAAAUAAGAAACAACAGUAACAUCAAAACAUCUUGUCAGACGUCAGUCAAGGUGUAGGGGUGGGAGGGGUUGAACUGAAAGAUUUUAGGGACUAUUUCGGCUUUCUGCCUCUACCACCACCACCACCACCGCACCCCUACAAAUCUCUCUUCUCUAACCAUCCCCCUCUCUUUAUCUCUCUCUCUCCUUGUCUCUUUCUUGGUCUUACAUUUUGGACCCUUCCAUCUAAAAAUCUGUGCCCCUCCCUUACACACGCACAUACACUUGUCACAGGGCCACAACCAGUAUGUUAUGUGUGUGUGUGUGUGUGUGUGUGUGUGUGUGUGGUCUGCAAGGACCUAGUGACCAGACCCAAGACCAAUGUGGUGUUGCCAUUUAAACAUUGACCAUUUCUUUACUGUUUAAGAAAACAAACACAAAAAAAGAAAAA